AUGAAGGCGGCGCCAGACAUCGGGGGACGGGGCGCCGUUAUGGUUCUCAUCGUCAGGGCCUUCGUCACCCUCUGCCUGGCCAUCUUCUACCUCGUCGUCGGCCGCACCAACCAAGACCGACAGGCCUUCAACCCGAUCGACCGGUUCGCCCGCAAGCACGUGUCCGAGCCGGCGCGCCGUCUCACGUUCCGGCUCGGCAUGGACCCGGACCUGCAUUCGUUGGUGGCGUACGACCUCGUCAACACCUUCAGCGACCUCCAGCUCGUGACGGGCCUCGUGGUCCUUGUGGGCGGCAUCAAGGAGUUAGGCGACGGCUCUGCGCUCGGCAAGCCGAAAACAGGAAGUCCCUGGGGGAUGAUGGUGAUCAACAUGACGCUCAUGCCGUACUGCUACGCCGUGCAGAUCUUCCUCAGCUGGCGCACCGGGCGUCUCUGGUGGAUGGACUACGUAAGGGCCCGCUUCAUCGACAGCAAGGGCCAACCGGUCGACGUCCUGGGCCCGGAGGCCGUCUUCAGGAGGUGGACCGAGAACAGGGCCCAGCUGGUGUCGCUAUUCCUGCUCAUCAUACCCUUCAUGGGGCUCUUCGAGUCCUACACGAGGCACUCGAAGGCCAUCGAGGAAUCCGACGCCAAGGAGCUGGACAGCUGCCCCUCGGAGGGGCCCUAA